AUGGGUUUUAAAUGGAAGAAAACGCGAAAUAACAGGGGCGCCUUGAUCGAGAGGGACAUUAGGUCAAAGAGAGUAGCAUAUUUGUGUGCAAUAAAGAAGUACAGGGAGGAAGGUCAGACUAUAAUUUAUGAGGACGAGACCUUCAUUCACAGCAGUCACACCAGACCUAAAAACUGGACAGAUGACACUCCAUCGGGGUACAUGGCACCCGUAUCGAAAGGCCAGAGGCUGAUUAUUGUGUACGCGGGAGGCAGAACCGGCUUCAUUCCCGGGUCAUUGUUGAUAUUUAAAUCUCAUCUCAAGACCGGGGACUAUCAUAGCGAAAUGAACGUGACAAAUUAUCAGAAGUGGCUAACAGAAAAACUUAUUCCGAAUUUGCCUCCAAAAUCAGUUCUUGUUGUAGAUAAUGCCCCAUAUCACACCAUGCAAUUUAAUAAGGCGCCAACCAGCCAGACCAUGAAGGCCAAGAUGAUGGAGUGGCUUACAGUGAACAAGGUGCCAUUUCAUGACAGAAUGCUGAAAAUUCAGCUCUAUGACCUGAUAAAGACACAUAAACCCCUCCACAAAAACUUUGUAAUGGACAACAUAAUGGUUGCAUAUGGACACACGGUAUUACGACUUCCACCUUAUCAUCCAGACUUGAAUCCGAUUGAACUCGUUUGGGCUGAUGUUAAGCAGUCAGUAGGGGCAGAAAAUGUCUCAUUUCAUUUGGAUGACGUGGCAAAGAUUUGUGAGAAAUGGUUCAGUGGAUUUGGAACAGAGAAUUGGGGAAAAGUCUGCGACCGCACAAAAAAAAAUGAAAAGGAAUAUAUCAAAAAAGAGGGAAUUAGAGAGAACACUAUAGAAAGAAUUAUCAUCCGACGUUCUGAAGACAGCAGUGACAGCGACUCCAGUGAUAAUGAUACAACUGAACUCAGUGAAAACAGUGACUUGUCUGGAGUGGAACUGUUAGACGAAUAA